AUGUAUAGGAGCAGCUACUUGCAUGAAGUCCACAAGGAGAAGUAUGAAAAGUCUGAUGCUUAUGAAGAACUUCCAGAGUCACAGGAAUUUGGUGGUCUUGCACAAGCCCAAGGCCUGGAAAACCUGCAGGAACUCAGUGAAAGGUUUGCCAACUACAUCAACAGGGCUCGGGCCCUUGAGCAGCGUAACGCCAUCUUCCGCAAGCAGCUUGAGACAUUCCAGCGCAUGGAUGAGCUGGCUGGAUUAGAAGAGGCUUUUGCUGCUCAGAUUGAUCUCAAUCAUCAGCGUGUCCGUGACUUGGCCAUCAACAGAUCUAAGCUGGAACGUGAGAAGAAAGAUGCUCAGCGCAUGCUGGAUGAAUACUGUAACAAAUAUAAGAAUGAAUGUGACUAUCAGCAGAGGCAAAAAACUACCCUUGAACAGCUUAAUAAGGAAGCUGAUGAAGCUUUGUUGUGCAAUUUAGAACUCCAGAUUGAAUCACAGUUCUUGCAGGAUGAUGUAAAUGCCACAAAAGAUAGAUAUAAGAAGAACCUCAUGGAAAUACAGACCUAUGUUGGAAAUUUACAGCAGAUCAUGCAAGCAACACCUCAGGUGUCCACCAAUGUGGCUGGGGCCAGUGAGGAAAAGCUGAUAACUGAGAGAAGGAUACCAAUACUUCAGAGUCAGAUAGAAGAAUACAAGGGCAUUCUUUGCCAGCUUCAAGCCCAGAAAGUUAAGCUUCAGACAGAGACAGCAGUGCUGGAGCAGGUGAUUAAGAACACCCAGCAGAGCUACAGUGAUGAGAUUCAGCUGUAUAAGGAGCAGAUUGACACUCUGAGAAAGGGCAUAGAAGAAGCUGAAAGGACCUUGGAAAAAUAUACCAGCCGCUGCUGCCAGCUGUCCAUUUAUAAACAGUCCCUGGAGAGUGAAUUGGAGCGCUACAAACGUAUUAUUGAAAAUGAAGAUAGCAGAUUGAAUUCUGCCAUUGUUGGAACUCCAGUAACCCUAUUUACACAGACCUACAGACCCUCAGAGACACCAACCUUGAAAGGGACAGACAUUACAUUGGUCAUACAAGACAUUGCUAGUGCCAAGUUACGACAAAGAACUCUACCGAAGAAAAUGUUAAGGAGGAAAGAGAUUACACCAAAAGAUCUUACCAAUGGGUCUUCCGUGGAAAAAGUGUCUGCCCAGCCACAAGAAAGAUUUGACCAAGUUCCAAUGGAUUUCAAGCAUGAAGGAUUAUUUAUGGGAAGUGUACAUGGGUGCAAUGAUACAAAGGAAGAAACUGAGCCCAACAAAGCUGAAGAGGAUGUGCCUGAUGGAGCACAAAUAAGCAAAGCUUUUGACAAAUUGUGCAAUAUAGUGAAAGAGAAAAUCAGAUGCUACCAAAGGCAUGAACCCAAAACUGGGUUCCAUGCUAGAGGAUAUGUAGUUGUUACAGAAAAAGGCAGCUAUGAUGACACCUGCUUCCAUACUUUACCAAUUCCUUCUAAGGGUAGGGUCAUUGUUUCAGAUGCCGAAGAAAAUAUAUCAAGUGGAAGUGACAUGAAACCAAUCCCAGAAUUACCCAGGUCUCCUGAACAUUACAAAAGCAAACUUGAAGCCCAUGAAAUACAAGAGCAAUCAAGGAUGCAGAAAGACAUUAAAUAUGGGUACAAGCUGAAAGGCAAAGAGAAGGAAGAUGAUGUAUCCAAGUUGUGGAAACAACUUGGAAAAAAAGACGAGUUCCCUAAACAGCCAUUUAGUGGGACAUCUGAACCAUAUUCCACACCAAGUCCAAAUGAGCGAAAUGAAGAAGGAAUUUAUGUAAAGAAACAAUGCAAUAAGCAGGAUGGCUUGCACAAGGAACUUACUUCACCAAGCGCUAUGAGUUAUGAGAAGGUAGAAGUGGUAGAAUCCAUUGAAAAAUUCUCUGAUGACAAAAUUCAAAGCUAUGAAGAAAGUGCUAUGAUUAUGGAGACCAUGACUGAGAAAACCGGCAAAAAGAAAUUGGAAGACAAAAAUCGUUAG